CACACACAAACCCCCUACUCAGGGCGCGGAGAGGAGGAGAGGAUAGAUAUUUUUCUUCUCUUUCAGGGAGUGGUGUUCUGCUCAGAUUAAGUAAACGAAAGCAAUUUUGGGCGGAGAGGAGAGGCCUACGCGCCUUCCCCAUGCUCCGGUUGUGAGCAGAAGACACUUAAGCUUGGCAUGGGUGUGAGAGACACACUCUGGACCUUGGGUUUCUCCAAAAUCGCACAAACCACCCCGCUCAGGGUCGUACGAGGUGUCUUCGUGCGGGGACGGGGCGCGCUCCCUGGGGCCAUGACUGUGCCGCGUGCCCCCCUGCUGGUAGCGCUGCUGGUCCUCCUGUUGACCGCUGGCGUCUGCAAACAGAACGCUGCGCACGUGACCCCGGGGGCGAGCGCCGAGGCGCGCACGGACGGACGCAACCUCCUGGGGCUCAUCAUGGAGAAGGCCCGUCUGACACGGCCGCCGAAACAAGACGAGGUGAUCGGGCUCCACACCACCAGAAAACAGGAGGUCUCCCUGGGGACCAGGGAGAAUGACGAGGUGACCGGGCUCCACGCCACCAGAAAACAGGAGGUCUCCCUGGGGACCAGGGAGAAGGACGAGGUGAAUAGGUCUCAUCACGGAGAGCGCACAAUCAAGGUGUUUCCCAGAGACCUAAGACAGAAGGAGAAGUUCAUCAAACAUCUAACAGGUCCUCUAUACUUUAACCCAAAGUGCAGGAAACACUUCUAUAGACUUUAUCACAACACAAGAGACUGCACAGUGCCAGCCUGCUGGCCGGGAGUCAGAGGUGCGCAGAGAGGUAGAACACUCGAGUCCAUGAAUGAGAGAAGUGCCUUGGAAAGUAACAGGGAAUUGAGUAUCCUUCUGGGGACUGCCAGCGUCUGCUCUGCAGAGAACUCAUGCGUACUCUAA